AUGGAAGCGAGCAAAGGAGCUCAGCCAUCGGAGGAGCACAUGGACACAGAAAACGUGCCGGCAGCCAUCCAAGACUUCAAAAAGAAGGGAGGUGAAGUAGAAAAAGUCAAGCAAGCCCCAGCAGCACAAUCCAAAUCUAAGGCGGAUUGGAGCGCAGUGCAAACAAAACUUGAACAACUGUGUGUCGGUAUUACCCAGUUCGCAUUCAAGGGACAGGGACGUGGAACUAAGAGGUCAGCAAAAUGA